GUCUAACAUACUCCUAUAUAUAAACGUUAUAUCAGCUGUAGCAAAAUUCCUUCAUAUAAAAACGUUCGGCAUCGUGCAUUGAUACAUUCAUACAUGUUGAUUUAAAUAUAAUACGAUUAUCAAAAUCUAUGUCUAUAUAUACUCGGUUUGCUGUUAAAAUGAACCAUAAAUCCAAAGAUCCAAUUCAGAAAUGUCAGAAGAAGCAGGGACAGAAGCAGGCAGUACAAGCUAAAAUUGUCGGCACUUUACCAACCAUUGGAAGACCACGCAAUCCAAAUGCUAAAACCAAACUUGAACGUCAACGAGAAUACAGGCGGCGAGCAAAAGAAAUUGAGAGGCUGGUUUUUGGUGAUAAGUGUUCGUUCAAAGAUAUGAGUAGCGCUGAUGAAGUCGAUCCUUUGCAAGUGGCUGAAGAAUUGGACAACGAUGAACAACCAGCUAUUGCUAAGUCACCUAAUGUAAAUAAUCCAUCUGCUUCUGGUGGCAUAAAUUGUAAUAAUGAGUUGGCACAGGCUGUCCUAUGACCAUUCAUAAAUCUUGUUAAUAAA